ACUGAAUCUCCAAGUUUGCCUAAGAACCGAAGGGAGGCGGAGAACCACACUCGUCCUCCUCCAACAAAAUCGCCCAAUAGAUCUCCCCCUGGACCCCCUCGCAGUUCUCCCCAAAACCCUAAAAUCAAGAACAAUAGAAGCAAAAUCGAUCGCCAUUGACGCCUUCGCGAAUCCUCCUAUUCCAUAGAUCCAUACGGGGAUCUAGAGUGUUGCUAAUUCGUCGAAUUUUCCCUUCCGUCCUCCGCCGAUAUGGUCGCCUCCAGUGGCUCGUCGUCGGCCCGCUUCCACGGUGACGAUCGCUUUUACAGCCCUCCUGCCCUCAGGAGGCUGAAUGAACAGCAACAGCAGAGCCAAAAAGUCCAGAAUCAGCAGCAGCAACCCCCGAUGCAGCGGCCGGCACGGUCUAAACCACGGCCAUCUCCGCCUGCGGCGUCGGCUCCUGUAGAGUCGCGCGAGGUUGCUGUGAGCAGGGCCCAAUCGGACGAGUCGUCGUCCAAGCCGUCGGUCCCGCCCUUGCCUGCGUCUCCCCAGCCGACGCUGCCGCCUACCGCAGGGAACCUCGACCGGCUCCUUGCGGAGAUCACACCAGUCGUCCCCGCUCAAUACUCUUCUAAGACAAGCGUGAGAGAUUUGAGGAAUGGCAGCACAGCGCUGCAUUAUCAGCCAUGCUUUUGCCUUGGAGAUCUGUGGGAGAAUUUCAAAGAGUGGAGCGCUUAUGGUGCCGGGGUGCCGCUGGUGCUGAACGGGGUCGACUCUGUCGUGCAGUACUAUGUGCCAUAUCUUUCUGCUGUUCAGAUAUUUGUGGAUGCCUCGAACUCCAGAUUGAGCUCAAGGCAAGAUGAUGACGAAAGUGAUGGAGAUCAUUGCCUGGAUACUAGCAGUGAUGGCAGUUGUUCAAGUGUAGAUCGAAUACAACAAAGAUUUGCAUCCUUGGAAACUACCAAUCAUAAUGCACAAGGAGGCCCUAGUGAUGAUGGCAAUGCUGGCACUCCACUAACUCCUGCAUUCCAAUACCUAGAGAGAGACCCACCAUAUGGAAGAGAACCUCUUGCUAACAAGGUAAAUGCCCUUGCAAGUAAAUUUCCAAGACUUAAGACAUACAAAAGUUGUGAUCUACAUUCAUCAAGUUGGAUGUCUGUUGCAUGGUAUCCAAUAUACAGAAUACCUACGGGCCCAACAUUAAAGGAUUUGGAUGCUUGUUUUUUGACAUUCCAUCAUUUGGCAACUCCUAAACAUGGAACCAUCCCACAAUCUGCUGAUGCUGGAGCUCGUUCUGUUAGAAGUGCCCAGAAAUCAGACAAGCCAUCAAAGCUAACUCUGCCUGUCUUUGGACUUGCUUCGUACAAGUUUCGAGGAUCCCUUUGGAGGUCUGAUGGGCAGCACGAGCAACAUCAAUUAAGCUCACUGCUUCAAAAGGCAGAUGAUUGGCUUCGCCUUCGUCAAGUAGAACAUCCAGACUACAAUUUUUUCAUCUCCCGAUACGGCACAUUCAGAAGAUGAUAUUUGGAGACACAUGAAUGCCCCUUAGAAUUAAGUGAUGCAUCUACCAAGCCUUUGGUGUUGAACCCCCUUGGGACAGUAUUAGCUCCAUUUUAAUUACAUUAGUAUCAUUUCUUACUCCACCUCUCAAUCAUUUCUUACUCCACCACUUAGUCUGUGUUUUCGAGAGAUAUACACCACAUAAUUUGGUAUAGCUUUUAGUGUACCAGGAACUGUAUGCUUUCAGGAAGAGAACUUGCAUAAUAAAAUUAUAUAUUAAUGGGAAAUGAAAGGGGGAGAAAUUUGAUGGUGAAGUAUAUGUGAUACCCAGCGUCAGUGAUGACCUGACUCUCCCCAUUAUAAUUUGAUUGUUUGUUAAAA